AUGAUUGACAGAUUGAACGAUGGAACUGACGAUGACUUUGAAGUAACAGAUACGAAAAUGCACCCUUUACCGCCGUAUGAUACCUAUCAAUUCCUUGUGGAACAUUCGACUGCUUUUGCAGUUAUAGUUGCCAUUUUUUCGGUCAUUGUAUCCACCAUUCUGUGGCGUUACGUUAAGAGUCAUGAACAAGAACAAUUUGUCUACACAAGUCCACGUACGUCCAUCUUUCGUCUAUUUUCUGAACGCUUAUCUAUGCUUCCCAGCUCAUUUCAUUUUUUAAAAGAGCUAGUUCUGUACUAUUUUGGUGAUAUGCAUUGUGGAACGUUCAACAAAUCGGUUUUGAAUAAUCUGCGAAGAGGAGCAUCACCCAUCUCAAUAGCUCAUACAACAUCUUGUAGUAAUCGUCGUACAAAAUUGGUGGAUGAUAAUGAUCAUGGCUCGGGUAGCAGCGAAGAGUCGGUAGAAAAGCAGGACAACGUGAAUGAUGAGGGUGAAGUAGAAAGUCUGUUGGCGACAUCGAGUGGGAAUAAUUCAAGCACCACCAAACUGAGUGUAUCUGAUUGCAAAAAGAUCAAUUUGGUCAAUACGCUUGGUAAACUUCACGGUAAAUUAGCCACUGCCGAAUUACGCGCAAGAGCGAGUAGAAUCGAAAAGGAAAUGACUGAAAGGCAACGGGAUGAGGAACGUGAAGUCCGGAGUAAGCAAUUGGAGGAAAUCUAUGCACUGAUGAUGGCUGACGCUGAGAAAUUUGGUAUGCAAGAUAAGUCCGAAGUGGUCGAACAAAUGAAAUUAUACUCCAUUUGA